AUGGCUAACAAGAGAAAGAGAGAGCCCUCGGUGGCCAAACCUAAGUCAAAGAAACAGAAGAAAAAGCUCGAGAAGUCCAUCGUUCCGUCUGAUAAUAAGUUCAGUGUUUUGCCAGGAAGUGAAGACGACGUGGACCACCAAGACUACAUCUUCGACUAUGAAGGAAAGAAUCGCGACCAUCCAGAGUUAGUGUUGUUGGACUCAGACGAAGACAGUGAUGCAGUGAUAGUGGAGUCCGAGGGGGAGCAGGUGGUAGAAGUGGAGUCUGAAGAGGAGCAACCACCUUCUAAGAAGGCUAAGGUUGAAUACAAUGAAUUGUCCAAAAAUGCCGAUUUUAUUGGAUUUGGUGAAAUAUCGUCCGAGGAAGAAGAAGACUACCACGACGAGCAGCAUGAAGGAAUCUUGACCAUGGAUGAAAACGGAGAAAUCAAUGAGACUACAGGUUCUUUGACUAAUCCGUACCCAUGGAUAAAGGACCACGAUCAUUCCAAACAAAAGGAGAUUGCCGACUGGCUCACAUUGGAAAUGAAAGAUUUUGUCAACUACAUAUCGCCAUCCUCGAGAGAAAUCCAUACCAGAAAUGGAGUUAUCAAUCAGCUCAAGUCCAAAAUUAAAGAGUUCUGGCCAAGCACGGACACAUACGUUUUCGGAUCGUCUGCAACUGAUUUGUAUUUACCAGGCUCAGACAUAGACAUGGUUAUAGUUUCUGAUACCGGAGACUAUGAACAAAGAUCAAGAUUGUAUCAAUUAUCCUCCUACUUAAGAAACAUGAAACUAGCAAAAAAUAUAGAGGUUAUUGCAGGAGCCAAGGUUCCAAUCAUCAAGUUUGUUGACCCCAAGUCCAACAUACACAUAGAUAUUUCGUUCGAAAGAAAAAAUGGUAUAGAAGCUGCCAAAAAAAUCAGAAAAUGGUUGUCAACCACUCCAGGAUUGAGAGAAAUGGUACUUAUUGUCAAGCAGUUUUUGAGGUCGAGGAAGUUGAAUAACGUACAUGUCGGGGGACUUGGAGGAUAUUCCACCAUCAUUCUUUGCUACCAUUUCAUGAAGUUGCACCCAAAGUUGGCCACCAAUACAAUGAAUGCAUUGGACAACUUAGGAGCCUUGUUGAUAGAGUUCUUCGAAUUGUAUGGUAGGAACUUCUCAUAUGACAACUUGAUAAUAGCGUUGGAUCCAGAAACCGACUUGCCCAAGUACCUCUUGAAGCUGAAGUAUAAAUAUUUGGAUACCUCCAGAAAUCCAUUCUCCAUCAUUAUACAAGAUCCUUCAGAUCCAUCAAAUAAUAUCACUAGAUCAUCAUAUAACUUAAGAGAUAUCAAGAAAGCUUUUGGAGGUGCAUAUCAAUUAUUGGUGGAGAAAUGCUAUAGCUUGAAUGGUUCCUCGUACAAAUCAAGAAUUGGAAAUUCGAUUUUGGGAGACAUUAUCAAAUUUAAUGGAUCAACGCGUGAUUUUAAUGACGACAGAGAUAAAGUUAAAAAUCAUGCAUUGAUACAGGAGCUGGAGGAAGAAGAAGAUCCAGAAAGUGACGGAGCCGAGGGCAAUGACAAGUAUUACUUCUCUGAUAUGACGGUAGAAAGUGAUAGUGAGAUUGUGAUACCUAAUGAAAAGCCUAAAGAGCAAGUAAAAAAGCCCAAACAGGAACCCGCUAAAGCCAAAGAAACCAAGAAGAUUGUUUCUAGCUAUUUAGGCUUGGAGGACGAUGACCGCGAAGAUGACGAGGAGGAAGACGUCAAGGAAGCCGAAGAAAGAGAGAGUGCCAGAAAGUCCUCCUUAGAUAAGAAUGUAAGAAGGGACUACUGGAGACAGAAGGGUCUUGAACUCUAA